AUGCUCAGCUCCGUUCCGCGUCUGCCGGCGAGAAAGAUUGCCCAAUCGGUUCCUCGGUUUAGUCCGGGGUUUGCUGUUCAGCGCCAGCAGCGCGCAAUACACGCCUUGAGUGCACGGACCUCCGUACCGAGCUAUACUUCUGCGCUCUCGGUGGGUCUUUCUGAUAGUCGUGUUCUUGGCCAGAAACGAUGGGCCACGUCCACGACCCCGCACUCGACUGCAUCUGAUCCUGCAGAGGUUGCCGCAAUAGACUACUUAGAGCAGGGUACACAAAAGCUCGAGGAGGGCGACGUUCAAGCUGCCAAAGAGCUCUAUCAGAGGAGCGUCGAGAUCAAACGUAACGCUGGCUCACUUUUCAAUCUCGGGGUUACGCAUUACCACCUCAAGGAAUUCGACGAAGCCAUUGCCGCCUGGAAAGAAUCUAUCGAACUUCAACCAUCCAGCGCCGAUGCGCAUACGAACCUAGCGAACGCAUAUGUCAUCUCCCCUGUAGCCAGGCCCGACCUCGCCUUGCGCCAUCUUCAAAUCGCACAUUCUCUCGCACCUGAAGACGCCGAAAUUGCAUUCAAUUUAGCUGCUGUGCUGGAAGCAUGUGGGCGAUUGGAGGACGCUUUGACGUAUUACAAACUCAGCAAAGAGAACGGCGUUGAUCGAGCGGAGAUGCAUAUGCGCAACGUGAGUGCCAAGAUCCUAGGGCAGCGUAUGAAACAGGCAGAGGCUACCGCCUCUGGUGAAGUAGCUGACAAAGCGUAG